AUGUUAAUUGUAAUGCGUAUUCUGGGUGGUGGUGCCUCAGCGUCUGUCCAAGCAGUCGGCGCAGGUACGAUUGCCGAUAUCUGGGAGCCACAAGAGCGCGGCAGGGCUAUGAGUAUGUUCUACCUUGGACCUCUGACUGGGCCCCUAUUCGCCCCUAUCAUUGGAGGAGCCUUGUCCCAAGGCUUUGGAUGGGAGAGCACAAUGUGGUUCUUAACCAUUUACGGUGGUGUCACUCUGGUCAUGGUCUUCUUUUGUCUUCCCGAGACAUUAGCCAAGCGCAAACCGCUUGUAACACACGCUGCUCUCCAGUCCUCCAGGCCGGGAAGUUCUGCCAACAACGAGAUAACACCGCAUCUUUCACGAAUGUCGACAAGGCAAUCCGUCAAGCAACACACCAAAGCUGGCGCAGAAUUUCUCAAGCGGGCUUUCAUCGACCCGCUCGAGUGUAUAACAUACCUGCGCUUUCCCCCAGUGGCCAUAGUUGUCUACUUCGCAGCAAUCACAUUCGGAUCGCUUUUCGUGCUCAAUAUCAGCACACAGUCAUCCUUUUCAAAAUCACCCUACAACUUCUCCGAGCUGAUCGUCGGCCUGCUGUACCUUCCCUCCUCCCUGGGCUACAUCGGCGCGUCCUUCGUCGGCGGCCGCUGGAUCGACAACAUCAUGGCUCGCGAGGCUCGCAAGGCCGGCCGAUACGAUGCCCGCGGCAAGCUUAUCUACCUACCUGAGGACCGCAUGCGCGAGAACGCCUGGCUGGCAGCGACGAUGUACCCCGCGGCGCUGGUGUGGUUUGGGUGGACGACAGACCGCGGUGUGCACUGGAUUGUACCAGCCAUUGCCAAUUUCUUCUUCGGCUUUGGCAGUAUGUUGGUGUUUGGGGCUGCCACUACAAUGCUGACUGAGUUCAUGCCACGAAAGUCCUCGAGCGGCGUUGCCUUGAACAACUUUGUGCGCAACAUCUUCUCGUGCGUCGGUGCCAUCGUUACCCAGCCGCUUAUUAACGUCAUGGGUGUUGGCUGGCUGUGCACAAUGAUUGCCAUCGUCUGCUGGACGACUGGCAACCUCUCCAUCUGGGCCCUGAAAAGAUAUGGUCCUGGAUGGCGAAAGAGUAUGGAUGCCAAAUUGAGUGUGCCUAGUUGA